CGGCUGUAAAUGGGACAAAUGAAGUUCAUUUUCCACAGCUGGCGAUGGCGGAUGUUGUUGUUGAUAAAGACACCAUGAAGAAUUACCACACAGCGUCUGAGAAAAUUAACCCAGCGACCAGUCGCUAUCCGUACUGUAUUGUGUGGACACCUAUCCCCGUGUUGUCAUGGCUGUUUCCAUUCAUUGGCCACAUGGGAAUCUGCACUUCCACUGGUGUCAUCCGGGACUUUGCAGGACCUUACUUUGUCUCCGAAGACAACAUGGCUUUUGGAAGACCAACAAAGUACUGGAUGCUUGACGUUAGCAAAGUCUACGCUAGUGGCUCCAAUGCCUGGGACACAGCGGUGCACGAUGCUUCAGAAGAGUAUAAGCACAGGAUGCACAACCUUUGCUGCGACAACUGUCACUCACAUGUUGCCAUGGCUCUGAAUCUGAUGCGAUAUGAAAACAGCACCUCGUGGAACAUGGUCAAACUCUGCCUCCUCGCACUGAUUCAUGGAAAACAUGUCAGCUGUGUGGGCUUUCUGAAGACCUGGCUGCCUUUCCUGAUGCUGAUGGGCAUCAUCCUUACAGUGGCCCUGGCCCUCAACCUGCGGUGACCUGGGGGGCCGGUUAAGGACACAGUGGAACCCCUGCAGGGUCGGAUGUGGGGUUGACCUUUUUAGACAACAAGCGGGGGGCAUCACACGGUGUCGAGCGAAAAGUAACGGAGGAGACAAAGACGGCUCGCCUGCAAGAGAAGAUCGUUGAACAGGAAUGUCCACCGCAUGUACGCCAACACAUGCUUGGUUUGUGUAAAGCAGGAAGCCUGUUACUGGCUUUGCCCCAGUGGUGGAGCUGGAAUGCCCUAAUGAUGGAAAUUAAUUUAUAUUCAGUCAUUUAUUUUUAAAGAAGUGAUUGGACACCCCACCACCACCAAAAACUACCAGAACCGCACAAACACUUACUGGAUUAAGAUUAUUGAAAGCCUAACAGCAGGUUUAAGCCAUCGGCACCUGCAAAAGUGUAGAAGUUGUGUAUGUAGCUAUAUUAGUAGCUAUAAUAGUUGAGUAGAGGUACAUACUUUGUAAUGCACUGGGAGUGUAUUCCCAUGAUUCAAUGCUUCCACAAUGCCAUUUUUAUACUAGGGAGCACAAACAUGUUAAAUCAAUUAGACGCCUUUCUAGGGAAUUUAUUGCUUCAUGCUUGAUCUAAUGUAGCUCUUCUACAGCACUGCAACUUAAAACCUAAAUAUGGCAGAGCGGGUUGUAUUUCUGUGCAUUUUCUUACUUGUAUUCAGUCUAACUCCAUAGCAUAUCAAAAAGCCUGCAUCUUCUAAAAAGAAAAUAUUUUCUUAGAGAUACGUUGUACGUGCAUUACAUGCAUCACCUCAUGGUACUAAUUUCGUAGGUUUUACGAUAAAUGUUUUCAUACCUUUGUAACUACAGAUCAUCAGUGCAAUGAUUGUAGCAACCUCAACGAAUGUGUCUGUGUAAAAUACCUAGAGAAGCCAACAGUAUAGUAAAGCUCUUUUUGGUUUUCUAUACUUCUGCCAAAUGUAAGGGAAAGGGAGACCAAGUCAAACUGUGUCCUUAAAUAUCUAACAGCUCGCUCAUUGGUGACGAAAGCCUGUUGAUGUCAUGAGUUAUGAAACCUGGUCUGAUCUUUUUUGUUUUAAUCUGAGAGACGUUUGACUUGACGGGAAGAAGUUAGUCAGUGCCUAAAAAAUAUAUACCUCUUAGAUCCCUUAUGUUUUAUAUUUUCAUUUUUAGCGUUACUUUUGCCGCCUUUAAAAAACAAAAAAAAACUUGCAUUCCACAUGAUGGUUGGCACUCAAAAUCCGUUGCCAUGGCUGUCGUGAGUAGAUUCAAAUCCCCUCAUUGUUUGUAAUCAAACAGGAGGAGGGGGAAAAAAAGCGUUGAGCCCUCUCUUUGUCUGCGGUGCUGCCAGAAGCAGCAGGUAGCCAGGAUCCUCAGGUUUUUCACACUCACCAACCCCUACUGAAUAUCCCCACUUUCACCCAGCGUCACUCCUGCUGGUUACCACCUCUGCAGAUCAGAUUCGAAGGUCAUUGUGAAAUGUCAGCGCUGUUUCACAAAAGCUUUGAUAUAUGCAGGCCAACAUCCUGCAGUAAUCCAAAGUAGAUGUCAUUUCAGUGUGAGCUUGUAAAUUAAACUCAAUUAGAUUUUCUGUGUGAAGGGUUUAACACUAGGGCUACCACUGUGCCACUUUUCUAGACUUGGCUCUCCUCAGUGGGCUUCUGUUAAGAGCAGAUAUUCUGUGGCCUCUUGAGUGUAUUUCACCCAUGUUGCCUGUAAAUAUAUGAUCACACAUUAUACUGUACACCAGGUGCUCUUUAUGGACUUUGCAAACUUGAUCACUCAUUCUACAGAUUUAUCCUUUCAGUAAUGUAUCUUUUUGUUCUCUCCUCCUCUUCUGCAUAUCAUCUCUGCUCAGCUAUGAAGCAGGUUUGUGCCUGAAUGUGUGUGUGUGAUCCUGCACGCCAACUUGUGUGUAUUGCAUGCUUGCAAGAAUGCAAGUGUUUUAGAAAGAAGUUCAUAUUUGACUCUUACUGUGGCUUCUCGAUUAAUAAUCGGCUGCAUUUCAUUGCAGCCAACUGCUUGGUGAUUGAUUUUCUAUAUUUAUUGCUCCAUAUCUUUCUCUUAAUCUCUUUCAAAAAUUUUAUGUGAUUGCUGGUAAACCUUAGCAAGAAUAAAUUAUACUCUAACAGGCCUGCUUCAGUUAAUGUUGUUUUGAUGGAAUAGCCUGCACUGUGCCGUGUGUAGCUGCAGAUUCUGUAGAUUAGAGAUUCAGAGUCACAUUCUGAACUUAUUAAAAUGAGGAAACGGAAAGAAAUGGAGAAUCUGCCCUCAAUCUGAACAGUUGAUGGUGUCGACAUAAAAACAACCUUUUUACUGUGACUUUUUUUUUUUUAAAGACAUGUCACUAGUAAUUAAUGUGAAGCGGUAUAAUCGCCUUUUAUUGUAAAUACAACUUUAUUCCCCGAAUACUCAAAUUUUUAUAUUUUUAUUAUCAGGAAAUAAAGAUUUAGGACUUUGGGUGGAAGUUAUCAGACUGAUAGCCCUGCGUUCCAAGGGGUGUGACUAAAAGUGUAAGGUGUUUCAAAAAAGAAAUCUGGAAAUAAUGCUCAUUAUCAGAUUAGAAUAACAUUUUACAUCUGAAAAUCUCUGGUUCUCUGGAAUUGUGCUAAAUGAUAGAAAAUGGUAGAGAAACUGCAUCCGUGGAUAUGUAACUUGUUGUCUUUAGCGAAACAGCUCAUUCAUUACAUUUCGAGCUGUGAAAGGUAAUGAGUGAAUGGCCCAACAUUGUCAUUAUUACUGCUUUUACACAUAAAUAUAUAUGUAUGUUUUAGGAAGAGAGAGAUAAUACACCACUCCCAUAUUAGAGUGCAUGUGCAAGAAUGCAAUAUUGAGUGGAAAUCAUUUGAAUGGUUUUAGAUGUGGCCUGCUGCAGUGCCUUGCUGUAUCCAAGAGCCAGGUCCAGGAAUGUGGAGACCUGUGGUCCUAGCGAUUCAGUCCAUUGACAAAAGACAGUUGGGAUGCUAUUAUUAGUGCCACUAUCCAUAUAUACUUAUACCAGUCUGCAAUUUCAACCCCCCUUUUGUUUCUCCCAAAAGAUCUUUUCUGCUGCAGAUCAUAUAGCCGAUGGGGAAAUGUAAGACUCCUGUAAGUGACUGUGUCAACUCUGAAUGUGUUUAUGACUUACAGGUAUAAUACAAAUAAAGAUGUCUAUUAUUGUAGAAA